GGAGGACCCACACCCACCCUGCCACAGCUCAAACACGACAUGAUGUACCACCCUGGUAUGGGCGCGCCCCAUCCUGGACCCCCGAACGCCAGACCUCAUCAGAUGAGUCACCACCACGGCAUGGAAGGCCUAGAGAUGCUUGACCCGAUCUCAUCUUCGGCAAUGACCACCCUGACACCAAUGGGCGACGGUGGCGCAUCCCACGGUCCCCAACUGCACUACGGCCCCGCAAUGAACACCAUGAUGACGUCACACCACCACCACCAUCACCACACGUCACCACUGACCGGCCACGCGCCGGGUCACCACCAUCCGCACGCGCCUCACCACCCCACCAUAGUCCAGCAUCCCGACUCGGACACCGACCCGCGCGAACUCGAGGCGUUCGCCGAACGGUUCAAGCAGCGACGCAUCAAGCUGGGCGUCACGCAGGCUGAUGUCGGAAAGGCGCUUGCCAACCUGAAGCUGCCUGGGGUGGGCGCACUGUCGCAGUCGACGAUUUGUCGCUUCGAGUCACUGACAUUGUCGCACAACAACAUGAUUGCGCUCAAGCCCAUUCUGCAGGCCUGGCUCGAGGAGGCUGAGGCACAGGCCAAGAACAAGCGACGCGACCCGGAUGCGCCCAGCGUCUUGCCUGCUGGCGAGAAAAAACGCAAACGCACCUCGAUAGCGGCGCCGGAAAAACGCUCGCUGGAAGCGUACUUUGCGGUUCAGCCGCGACCGUCGGGCGAGAAAAUCGCGGCGAUCGCCGAAAAACUCGACCUGAAAAAGAACGUGGUGCGCGUCUGGUUCUGCAAUCAGCGUCAAAAACAGAAACGCAUGAAGUUCGCGGCGCAGCACUGACAGAUGACGUUCUCCUAAGUGGAUUUCUAGACUUUUCUCAGCUCUUUAGAGACGAAUUCUGAAGAGUUUUAAGACUCUACACAGUCGGCAGUAUCCUGAGACUCAGGUAAAAUGAGUUGGACUCGUGUGUUGCUGUGUAGUGCUGAACAUUGACCAAGUCAGAAUAUUCUAGUGCUAACUUAACUGUUCAAUUUUUGUUUUUGGGGUUUCGCCAUUAAUAUUUUACCCUAUUCUGAUGAGAAAAUAUUAAUUUUAUAUAUGGAGCAUCUACUAACGCCAUCUUAAGGUGCGUACAGACUUUCGCUCUGCUCCGCAAUCGAACGUCACUCGAGCAGAUCGAUUGAUGAUCGACCGGGGAGCAAGAGUGGAACGCGAGAAGAGCUAACAUCCUCCGUAACGUUCAUGAUCGGAGCGAUCGCGGAGCGAGUGCAAAACGUGCGUGGAGUGAUUGCUGAGCGAGUGCGGAGCGUGUUGGAGGCGCGUAUAUCUGUACGCACCUUUAUACUUCAAUCUAGAAAGUGUGAUUCAAUAAUGACAUUAUUUUUCAUAAAUUGAAAAAAUUGUUUCAAGCUUCCUAGGAGAAGUUUGAGGCUUUCUGGUUGAAAACGACUUUUAAAUUCAAAUAAGACAAUUUUGUUCCAAUCAAUUACGUAUAAUUUUUAAUGAAGAGCAUAGUAUGAGAAGAAAACAUGUAGAAAUACAGGAGUCAUAGAAAUGGAAAGAAAAUAAAAAUCUUAGUAGGUACCCUUUUUGAAAUAUUUAAUCACAAGAUGUUUCGGACAUUGAUGCCAUUUUCAAGUGAUAUGGAGUAAAUACAUUUUUCUUUCUAUUUCUAUAAAAGUAGCCCUAUACAGAAAAGAGAUAAAUACAGCAGUCAACCUAGCCUGAACGGAGAUGAUUUGAAUUGGAAUAGAAUUGUUCAAGCUGAAUACGAUUUUGAUCGUAACAUAAUAUAUUAAAAAUUAGUGAAUUUAAUAAAAAUACAAUUAUGGUUGUAAUUGAAAUAAUAAUAGAUAUGGUGUGGUCAUGAAAAAAGUUAAUUGCUCUAUAGUGGG